AUGGGGUUUGGGAGUGAGUGUAAUAUUGAAGGAGAUUUACUUGCUGGAAUUCCAUGGCCUCCAAGAUGUUAUACAUGCAGCUUUUGCAAAAGAGAAUUCAGAUCUGCUCAAGCACUUGGUGGCCACAUGAAUGUUCACAGAAAAGAUAGAGCCAGGCUAAGACAGCACUCCCCACCAACGGAAAAUUAUAACCAAAAUGCUCAGUUUUCACUUCUAAACCCUGACCCUAAUCUAGGUGUAAGCCCUAAACCUAGUUUUUCAUCUUCACCUUCAUCUCCAUCUGCAACAUCAUCCUUUUUGAGAAAAUUUCCCCCUUUCAAUUCCACAUUACCUACAUUAGUUUCUCCCUCCUUUUCAACUCUAUCACCUUCAUUUUCUUGUGCUAGUGUCUCUGAAAUGAAGAAAUGGAGCAAACAAGUUGCAGCUUCAGUCAACCAUUCAAGUCCCCCAACAGCAGAUUUGAUGAAAAUGAAAACUAUGAAGACAUAUUUCGGGGUCAAAAAUUUCGGUUCGCUCGUGCAUGAAACUACAUGUGAAGUCAAGAAAGCAGACAUAGUUAACCUGGAUUUGGAAAUAGGCCGGAAUAGUCAAUCAGAGGACUUGGAUUUGGAACUCCGGCUAGGAUACAGUUAG